AUGACCUUUUUUGCUGCGAUUCCUAUCAAGGCCUUCAUAUCAGUGUACAAGGAAGUUUCAGUGAUCGAAGAGCUUUCUUUUUCUUUAGUCAAAAUGAUCUCUUUCCUGCUCAUUUUUCUAACUGUUGAUAUUUGUAAUGGAUAUAACGACUUUCCAUCACUAAUGACUGCAAAUGCAACAAUGGCAGUUGUUCUUGAAAAGAAUUUUUUUAACGACGAAAAACUUGAUGAAAGCAUUGUCUCAAAAAUAUCUGAUACAAUGCAUAGUGUGAUCAGAGAAAGUAUGGAACUGGGUGGAAUUGAUGUAAAAGUUUACGCUGAUACCAGAAUUAAUCUUCGCAGAGAUUACACUGUAUUGUUUUCAAUUGCAAAAUGUAAACGAACGUGGGCCUUAUUUAGAUUAGCACAAAAGGAGAGGCUUAUACACAUUGCUAUAACAGACUCAGACUGCCCGCGUCUCCCAGAUCAGGAAGGUAUUAGCAUACCUCUCAUAAAUCCUGGACAGGAGCUACCUCAAUUAUUCUUGGACUUAAGAGCUUCCGGUUCGCUCUCAUGGAAGAAAAUUAACAUUCUUUACGACAACUCCUUCAAACGAGACUCCAUUUCUAAAGUUCUCAAAGCUUUGUCAAUUGAGCUGCCAAAGAAAAAAGUAACACUGGCUUCGAUAUCGCUAUUUGCAAUCAAGUAUGAGAAAGAUUAUCAGACAAUGAGGCAGCAAAUUAUGAAGACCUUAACUGAUUUUCAAGUCGACCAGUUAGGAAAUUGUUUCAUGGCUAUUGUAACCGUUGAUAUGAUGAGUGCACUGAUUGAAGCGGCACGCUUAUUAAAAAUGGUUCAUCCUGGCAGUCAAUGGCUCUACAUAUUAAGUGACACCACAAAACGCAAAGCGAACUUGACUGCAUUUACUGAAAAGUUAACUGAGGGUGAAAAUGUAGCUCUUAUUUACAAUGCCACGAAAUUUCACGAUUCUUGCAACUCAGGGUUAUUUUGUCAUGUGAAAGAAUUGAUGAAAGCUCUCUCACGGGCUUUAGAAGCUGCUCUCCAGAGUGAAAUGGAUUUAUAUUCAAAAGUUACUGAUGACGAAUUUGAGGUCCUCAGACCAUCAAAACGCGAAAGAGUAAGAGAGGUUGUUCGAUACGCAAAUGAAGCCCUUGGUGAGGAGAGAUCAACAUCCGGAGGUAAUUGCGGCCAAUGUUUAUUCUGGAAGAUUGGCUCUGCCAUCACUUGGGGAAAUUCAUUUGAUUCUGCUCCAGCAGGAAAGGGACAACUAAUCGAUUCCGGGUCGUGGUCUUCGGGAUCAGGAUCUAAUUUGUCAGAGCCCAUAUUCCCGCAUAUUGAUUAUGGAUUCAGGGGUAAAUCCUUACCAAUCAUCACUUAUCAUAAUCCACCAUGGCAGAUAGUACAGUAUUCAGACAAGGGGGUACCAAAAUAUGAUGGUUUAACUUUUGACGUUGUUAAGCAUUUAAGUGAAAAAUUGAACUUUACAUAUAAAGUCAUCUUGGCAUCGAGCUACGGUUUAUCAAAACCGAUGAAUAAUACUCCACAUGUAAGAAAUUCUAGAAAGGUAAGAAAAGAGAACCAGACAGAUAGUGGAAUAGGAGGUUCAAAAAUACCAGAGAAAGUAUUUGAACUGGUUAAAAAUAAAAAAGUACUUUUUGGUGCUUUUGCUUAUACUGUCUAUGAAAGCAAGAAAGCCAUAAUUAACUACACUAUACCAAUUUCUGUUCAAACAUACACCUUUUUGACUCCUAAGCCAAAACCAUUGUCAAGAGCUUUACUCUUCAUCUCACCAUUUUCAAAUGAGACUUGGGCCUGCCUGGCGUCUGCAAUUAUUAUAAUAGGACCAAUUUUAUACCUGAUACACAAGCUCAGUCCAAAACCAACGAUUGGUAUACAGGAGGCUGUUGGACUGAAGACGCCAGAUGAAUGUGUGUGGUACAUCUAUGGUGCUCUUCUGCAGCAAGGUGGAAUGAAUUUGCCUCGGGCAGAUAGCGCCCGUCUUAUAGUAGGAACUUGGUGGCUAGUCGUCAUGGUCCUCGUGGCGACCUAUUCCGGAAGUUUGGUAGCAUUUCUGACAUUUCCAAGAAUGGACGACUCCAUUUCUAACAUAGACGAUCUUCUCGCUCGCAGUACCGAAUUCACAUGGGGAUUUUCAAAUGGAAGUUUCUUAGAGGAAUAUCUUCAAGCCACCGAGGAACCGAAAUAUCAUGAUCUACUCUCUAGAGCAGAAAGACAUACUUCGUCCACAGACCAUAACAUUAUUCUUCGGAUUCGGAAAGGAAAUCAUGUUGUAAUCGAUUGGAAAUCGACCCUUAAAUUUCUCAUGAGACAAGAUCUUUUGACUUCUGGACAAUGUCAUUUUUUUCUUAGUUCUGAAGAUUUUAUAAAAGAACCAAUUGCCAUGAUGAUUGGUCAUGACAGUCCAUAUUUGAAGAUGAUCGAUAAAGAAUUAAAGAGAAUGCAUGAGGCUGGAUUGAUAGAAAAAUGGACUCGCGAAAGAAUGCCGAUGAAAGAUGAGUGCUGGGAAGGACCUGGAAAUGGUCAAGAAGUUGAUAAUCAUAAAGUCAAUAUGGUUGACAUGCAAGGAAUAUUUUUUGUCCUCGCCAUUGGUUUUACUAUCGCAGCUAUAAUAAUUAGUUGCGAGUUUGGCUGGCACAACAAGAAAAUGGCGUAUGAGAGAAAACUUAUUCGUCCGUUCGUUUCUUAG